UUCUUCUUCUUCAUCCGCUGUGACUGCUCUCUCUCCUCCUCUCCCACACUGUCCUCUUCAGGUUGAAAGAAGUGAGAUGGAAUGCGUUGCGUUGAAGACCAGUAUCAGGACGGAGAUGGCUGUCAAGGAGGCGGUUUUCGACGACUUGUUGUGGGGUUUGAACGCUCAGAACGGCGGCGUUCAGAAUUGUGAGGACUUUUCCGUUGACGACCUUCUCGACUUUUCCAACGACGACGGCUUUGUGGAACAAGAAGAGCAAGAAGACGACAAAAAAGACUCUGUUUUGCCCAAGAAAGAAAGCACGGUGGAGGAAAAGGAAAAUUCGACACCGUCUUCUUGUGUCUCUGAGAAAAAUGAACUUGGGCCGGAGCCGGCCGAGCCCACAAGUGAACUCACCGUUCCGGCGGACGACUUGGAAAAUCUCGAGUGGUUGUCUCAUUUCGUGGAGGACUCGUUCUCGGGGUUCAACGCUUCUCUCCCCGCCGGGUUUAUGGCCGUGAAACCCGAGAAAAGACCCGAACCGGAGGCUCUCAAGCCAUGUUUCAAGACUCCGGUUCCGGCCAAGGCCAGAAGCAAGCGUACCCGGACCGGCGGCCGGGUCUGGUCUCUCGGGUCACCCUCCUUCACCGAGACAAGUUCAAGUUCAAGUUCGUCGUCGUCAACUUCCUCGUGUCCCUCAAGCCCAUGGCUCAUUUACAACCCCACACAAGGCCUUGGAGGGUUCGGUUCUUCAGUGGAGAAGCCUCAGAAGAAGCCGAAGAGACCGGCAACGACGGAGGGUGGUGGUUCUAGCCAGCCGCCUCGGCGGUGCAGCCACUGCGGAGUUCAGAAGACUCCGCAGUGGAGAACCGGGCCGAAUGGAGCCAAGACACUGUGUAACGCCUGCGGGGUGCGUUACAAGUCGGGUCGGCUCGUGCCGGAAUACCGACCCGCUUGUAGCCCGACUUUCUCGAGCGAGUUGCACUCCAACCACCACCGCAAGGUGAUGGAGAUACGCCGCAAGAAGGAGGGCCCGGCAGGCCCCGAGCCCGGUCUGAUGACGACAGCAGCAGCGACUCUGGUUGUUCGCAGUUUUUGAUUAGAGAAGGCUCAGGUUAAUGUCAAGGUUAAAGGUUCAGACUUUAGUUUUAGCAAGUAGGAAGGAAGAGAGUGACAUGGAAGUGAACCGGUUUAGAGUUGAACCCGGUUCUAACAGGCCCAGCUUAGUGUACAUUUGUUUCUCAUUAUCUCUUUGCAUGGUUGGUGCGGUAGGCGGUAGGAUUGUAGGCAGUGUAACUGAUUAGGCAGAACUUUUUUUUACUUGAUAUGUACUUUUUACCUUCUUUGCC